AUGGCCCGAGCACGCCAGGAGGGCAGCUCCCCGGAGCCCGUAGAGGGCCUGGCCCGCGACGGCCCGCGCCCCUUCCCGCUCAGCCGCCUGGUGCCCUCGGCGGUGUCCUGCGGCCUCUGCGAACCCGGCCUGCCCGCUGCCCCGGCCGCCCCCGCCCUGUUGCCCGCCGCCUACCUCUGCGCCCCCACCGCCCCGCCCGCCGUCACCGCCGCCCUUGGGGCCCCCCGCUGGCCUGGGGGUCCCCGCAGCCGGCCCCGAGGCCCGCGACCCGACGGUCCUCAGCCUUCACUCUCGCCAGCGGAGCAGCACCUGGAAUCGCCAGUGCCGAGCGCCCCGGGGGCCCUGGCGGGCGGCCCCACCCAAGCGGCCCCGGGAGUCCGGGGGGAGGAGGAGCAGUGGGCCCGAGAGAUCGGGGCCCAGCUGCGGCGGAUGGCGGACGACCUCAACGCGCUGUACGAGCGGCGGAGACAAGAGGAGCAGCAGCGACACGGCCCCUCGCCCUGGAGAGUCCUGUACAAUCUCAUCAUGGGACUCCUGCCCUUCCCCGGGGGCCGCGGGGCCCCCGAGGUGGAGCCCAACUAG